CAUUAAUAACUCCAAUGGUGAUGGCCAGGUUGGUCACCACCAUCAUUAUCUCCUCAUUGGUUCUCCUCCUUUUUUCCUUCCAAGGGUGUUCCUCGACCCGUACGAACAGCUUUAGACCAGUCACCCCUACUCCCAAAUCACCCCCUACAUAUACAACAACAAUACCAACUAGCGAUACUCCUUACACGUGCGAUGCAUCUACCCCUGCAAUUGUUGGUACCUAUCGAGGCGCCUUCGACGGUAGCAGCAGCACCCAAGAGAUCUCCCUGCAGUUCGCCCAGCCCAAGAAGAUCGGCGUUAUGGCUGGUUCCUACGCUGGCACCUCCUUCAGCUACAGUAACAUCUACUACGAGUUCGUCUCGGGCCAGUCGUGGUUUGGCCUUCGACCUUUCGCCGACUCCGAGGCCCUCUUGACACUAUUUAAGCUACAGAGCAUGGACCAGGUCAGAGUUGACAUAAAUCACCAGUGCCAGCCUGUACGUAUUAGCUUUGGUUCGACCGCUACGGCGCCGCUUAGUAAAGUAGUGUAGUCGCUCAACGACAUUUGCUGUUGUUAUUAUACGAUGCUCUGUGAAGCAUCAUUACUCCCGAGGUCAAUCUCGCCAAC